AUGGGUUCCCGGAAAUUAUUGGCGCUGGCCACUGUGCUGCUAAUCAUCGAGGUCUUCAAUGUGCACGCCCAAUGUAAUGGACGUGUGGAGUUCAUCAAUCAACCAAGCGCGAUGCCGACAAUAACGACAACAUCAUACGUUCAGCCUGUCAUUGCCCACACUGCGGCGGGUGCCUUAGAUGCGACAGCAUUGGAAACGGUGGUGGUUGUGGUAAAUGCGGUGCUUCUGGAAGCUGCGCUGGCUGUGGAUCUAGUUCUAGUGGUGGUAACUGUGGAUGUAACAACGGUAAUAACGGCAACAUCAGCUGUCCAUUUGGGGAUUAAUUUGGUUCUAGCUCAAGCGAUAUCUGGAACCUGUAGUGGAGCCUGCGCCGGGUACGGAUUUUGCGGCGGCUUCUAUCCAACUGUACUUGAUACUAGCGCCAAUACUGAUCCUUUAGACAUUAUCCUUCCUGUGUUACUGCUUGCAAUGUGCAAGAAAAUUGGGAAUGCAGCUGAAGCACCUGAAACUAAAACACCGGUGGUGGGUGCGGUGGAAUAUGUGGAUCCGGGUGUUGCAGUAGCUACAGUGGCUGCGGUGGUGGCUGUGUUAAUGGAUGUGGUGGAGGAUGUGGUGGUAGUUGUAGUGGUGGUUGCGGUGGUGGUUGUGGUUGUGGUAAUGCAGGACGUAGUGUCUGUGGUGAUUAUAAAAGAUCAAGACGAACAAGCUGUUACUUGUUCUUCGACAUCAAAUUCUGAAUUAUCCAAAUGUGAUGGAGAGUACAUAAGUGAUGUCCUAUAUCCUAUUGCUCAAGCUACUCCCUCGCCAACGCACACAAAGCCAUCGUUUUAUAGUGAAUAUGGUACAACCAUUUCGAACAACAUUUUACCGCUAACGACAGAAGCCCCGUUUGGAUCACUGGAUCGGAGCAGAUAUGGAUGCGACCAAAACAGGGAUGAGGCUGGGCGGACUGUGUUUGAGGAAUCAUUGGCAGACGAAAUGGGGUACACGGUGAUGUUCCCCGAAGCGCCUAACUCUCUCAGCACUUCUACAAUGGCGCCUGCUGAUAUAAAUAACGUAGACAGUGUUUGGAUGUAUCCCGAAUUGGAUAAUCAUACUCUAAACACGUAUUCUGACGAAGUAGAUCAAUAUUACAUAUUAGUCCAU